AUUUUAUAUCUCUAGCACACUAAAAAAUAUCAUUAGAAUCAUAAAAUUUUAGCUAUUAUCUUAAAAAAUAAAUAAAAUAAUUAAAUUAUAUUUUAUUUAAUUAUUUAAUUAUUAAUUAAUAAUAAACAAAAAAACGAAAAUAAGCUUUUUUCGCUUUUUUUAUUUUUAAAUUUAAUUAUUUUUUCACUAUUUUCAAAAUGGAGUACAAAAAGGAAUCAUGGACGGUGGUGGAUAUUCAAGAGAUGGUGAUUUGGGUGGUCCAAGGACACCACAACAAGCAGUAUCAACUAAAAAAUUACAACAAACACAAGCACAAGUUGAUGAAGUUGUUGGUAUUAUGAAAGUUAAUGUUGAAAAAGUACUUGAAAGAGAUCAAAAAUUAUCAGAACUAGAUAAUCGUGCUGAUGCACUUCAACAAGGUGCUGCACAAUUUGAACAACAAGCUGGUAAAUUAAAGAGAAAAAUGUGGUGGAAAAAUCUUAAAAUGAUGAUUAUCAUGGGCAUCAUUGGUUUAAUCAUACUCAUCAUACUUAUCUCUUCAAUCUGGGGUGGCAGCAGUUCAGAAUCAUCUGGAAACAAGUAAUUUUCUACAGCUAAUAAUUUGAUGGAUCCCAGGAUUUCACAUUAAAACGUGUACCAUCAUCUUGGGUAAAAUAAAAAAAUAAAAAAACUGUAAUUAACAUCACACCAAUACUAUUAUAAUUUCUUCCAAAAAAAUCAGAUCAAUUCGCAAUUAAUUCUGUCAAACGCACAAUUUUUAAAUACAGUUUUUUUAAAGAACAAAAUAAAUUUUUUUAUAACUUAAAGGUUGAAAAAGGAUCAAAAAUAUUAAUUUAUUUAUUUAAAAAAUAGAUAAUAUUAAAAUAUAUGCACAAUUUAUAUCCCAAAAAUACAAAAAUUUAUUGUAUUUUUAAAUAAUAAUAAUAAUAAUUUUAUAAAUUAAUUAAAAGUGUUUUUUUUUUUUUUUUUUCGGGGAAUAAAAUGGGCUGCUUAAUUUAUAAAAAUCUGCAUGUAAAUACGUAUAGUUAUUUUAAUAAAUAAAGAAAAUAUUUAAAUUAUUUGUCUAGUUGAUAUUUAAACGUGAUAGAUUAAUUGCAACAAGUGAAAAGAAAACAAUUGAGUAACAAUUUAAUCUUGAAAAUAAUAACAACAAAACAAUGAUAAAUUAUUUCUUUGUAUUAAAAUUGUCAUUAUCAGUAUUGAUUGUUCUCCCUCAAUGAGGAAAAUCUCAGCAGCUAGAUGCUUGUAAUUAUUGCACAUCAUGAAUUUAUUCUCAGUAGAUGUUUAAAGAAAAAGAAAAAAAAAAUAUAUAUGAAUUAUCAAGUGUGAAAUUUGAUGGUUGUUUGCAAAUGUUGUAUAUUUUGUUUGCUUAUAUUUAUGAUAUUAUUGUAAAUGAACAAAUCACAGAGUGUAGUUUAUACAUUCAUCGAACAGUCGAGUCACGACCGUCUCGUCGAACAGACGUCGUCACGCGUCUCGACGCCUCUGUGCGUCUUCGGAAUAACUUAAUAAACCAAUUAAAAUUAAUUUUAUAUAUCAUCAAUAAAUAUAGAUAAAAUUUGCAAUUUUUAAAAUUCAAUAUUUAUAAUUGUUUUACAAGAAAAAAUUUAAAAAAAAACAUUCAAGGAAAAUAAGCAAUCGGUACAAAGUUCAGAUAACAUUUUUUUUUUUUUUUUCUACACUUUAUUAUUAUUUUAUGAUAAAAUAAUUAAUUAUUUUAUAAACUAAUAUUUAAAUUAAUUAAAAAAAAAAUAUUUUUUAAAUAAAUAAGAGGUGUAUUAUUAUUUUUUAUUUAACAUUGAUAUUAAAAUCAAGUUUUUUUCUUUUUUAAAUUUUUUGUUGAGAAAAAAAAAGCGAUGAUUGUUGAUAUGUAUUUUUAAAUUAAAGUGAAUAAUUUGAUGGAUUGUAAAUCAUCACGAAAAACUCAUUCAAGGUUUGGAUAAGAGAAAAAAAAAAAAAAACCGGUAAAAAAAAUAAUAAUAAAUAAA